UCCGAAUGUCAACACCCCCGAAAAUUUCCUUUUCCCCAAUUCCAAGUAAUAUGCCUUAGCAGCUCUUCUUGUUAGCACGAACAAGAAAAGUUCAGAAACCUGGCAGAGGUCUAGUCGUUGAGCAAGAUGCCGAAGUGGGAUGUCUCCCUUUCAAGAUCAGAAACAAGGAGUUUCAAGCUCCAUCUCGUAGUAUGUGAUCUUGAAGGUUUGCUGAUGGAUGAUGUAUCAAAUAGGGAGAAGUAUACCAUCAAAGUACAGAUAGAAUGGGCAGUUCCGAGGAAUAAGUACCUGGCAAGAAGAAAAGUCGAAAGGAAUCAGACAUCCAAUCAGCAUGUGAAUUCGAAUGGAUGCGUCCAGUGGAAUGAAGGUUUUGUACAUGAGUGCAAGCUGAAGAUAAAGAACUCCGAGAGUUUCUGCAGCCAUAUGAUCAAUUUAGUGGUUCAUGGAUUAGGUGCGGAAUCAGACAGCAGAGCAACAGAGCUGGCAAAAUUUAGGAUGGAUAUAGCCAAAUUUGCUGCACAGACAGAAACUUCAGAGAACAUUAUCAAACUUCCAGCCAGGUGCUGCAAUAUUGGAAGCUCCAAUGUUGUUGCUAGGCUAAAGGUGAAACUGAACUCCUUCCAGCUCCAGCCUCUACAUAAAAACGGCACAGUACACCCUCUUUGCCCUACCCAUCUAUUGCCAUCUCUGUCAAUAUGUGCAGGAUAUCAGAAUCAUACAAAAAAUGACAUCGACAACUCUACUUCAGAAUCAGAUGAAGAAGCUGAGCCCAGCUACAGAAACCUGGCAGCAAUAAAUCACCAACUUGGUAACCUCAUAACUCACAAGUUUGUGUAUGACAAAGAUGAGAACAGGGGAAAAAGGCAGCAAUAUCAACUCGCACAGAAAUCUCCAUUAAUCAGGUAUUUUUCGUCUAAGAAUAUGAGGAUUAGUUAUAGAGAUAUUGAUCAUCUUGGAGACACUCCCCUCUUGAACAAAGCAUGUAGAGAAGAUGGUGGAGAUGACAUUGACAAUGAUCGCCGUUACCUCUUUUCGCUCUCACAAGCAAGUCAGAGUAAGGCCCAGUUGAACACACAGCUUUUCAGAAUUUUGGGUAGUGAUCGAUUUGAGAUAGGCAACUGGCAAAGGAGGAAGUUUGCAAGCAGAGACAAAAAUCUGGAGCUAGAGACAGAAGUAUUUCUAGCUUCAAUUGAUCAGCGGAGUGAGAAAGCAUCAGGUGCAGGCGCGUGCACAGCUCUAGCAGCAGUUAUAGCCUAUUGGCUGCAUCAGAACCCAGAAGAACUACCACUACGAUGCGAAUUCGACAAAUUGAUCAGGGAGGGAUCUUCUGAAUGGAGAAGACUAUGCAAAGAAGAAGUGAAUAGGGAGAAAUUCUCUGACCAGCACUUUGACCUUGAUACUGUCCUUCAAGCACAAGUUCGACCACUCAAGGUGGUCCACGAGAAGUCCUACAUAGGCUUCUUUGAGCUUGAAAAUAUGCCAAAUCAGUCAGAGUUCCUUCAAGGUGCAAUGUCUUUUGAUAGUAUAUGGGAGGAGCUUGAAAAUAUUGAAUCAAGAUCGGCAGAAGAGAUCUACAUUGUGAGUUGGAAUGAUCAUUUCUUCAUUCUGAAGGUAGAAAUAGAUGCAAUUUACAUAAUUGAUACACUAGGAGAAAGGCUGUGCGAAGGGUGCAACAAAGCCUUCAUAUUAAAGUUCACCAAAGAAAGUAAGCUUUACAGAGUGCAACCAAAAGUAGGCUCAGAAAAGGAUGCAGAGAAUCAGCCAAGGAAAACAGGACAAAGGAUGAAUCCCAGAAGUCACCAAAGAAAAAAAAUACAUGAAGGAAAGUCUGCUUGCAAGGAAUUUAUAAAGGGGUUUCUUGCUGCUCUCCCUCUGAGAGAACUAAAAACUAACAUCGAAAGAGGAAUCACUGCAGAAGCACCUCUCCAUCGUCUCCUGCAAAUCGAGUUCCAAUACACAGCUCCAUGCAACAACACAGCCAAUCAUGAUGAUCAUGCACUGAUCAAUCAGAGGCCUGCAAAGCAGUAAGAGGCAUAAGCCUAGAUGGUGACAAAGCUCUAAGACUUCCAAAUUGUAAUCAAUAGCUAAAUACGAACUUCACCUGCAAUGAGCCCAUCUCUAGUUGGGAUUUAUCAGCAUUCUCCAACAGUUGGUUCUUUGCUCUUGUGAAGUCCUCGUUAGCUAGUUAUAAAACCAAUAUAUGGCACUGGCUCAUCUGGAGUGUAUAGCCACUAGUAUUCUCCACUGAUCAACUCUUCACUCUUGUGAUGGCUUUAUUAAGUACAUGUAGCCAUUUAUAUGAAGUUCAACUAUGAUACUUAUGACUCAAAAUCCUUAUUUAUCUAUGAUUGGGUUUCUUGAUU